UUUAAAGAGAGUGAUGGCUAGUGUCGCGUCAUGUUUCAUUUCACUCGUCCACCAUUGCUGAGUUUGUCAAAGAAAGGAGAAUAUUAACCACAGUUCUUUGAGGUAUAUGUAUGCAAAUUUCGUUCCACGUUGAAUAGUGAAAAUCGAUAAGUAAAAUAUCAAAUAAUUGUAAAAUAGUUUUGAAAAACAAUAGCUAAACAAUUUCUGCAGCACAGGAAAGAAGUUGGGGAAACAGAAAUCAGCAUAAGCGCAGGCAGCGCAACACCAACGAAAAGCAGAUGAAAAUUAUGGCCGAUUUGGACGCAGUGCAUCUAGGGUUGGACGAAAAUGAAGCUGAUAUUGCUGAGGAACUGCAAGACUUUGACGACUCAUUCGACACACGAAGCGAAGCAUCUGAAUCAGGUUCGGAGUCGUCGGACUCCCAGCCAAGUAUCAGUUCAGUAAGCUCGGCUGCCUCGUCUGUCGGUGACAAGCGUAAGAACAAGACGACGACGAAGAAGAAAGUUAGUAAAGAGAGUGAGAAGAAACCGACUACGAAGCGCACGUCUUCGCCGGGAGGUGGAGCAAUGAAUGGCAAGAAUAUUUCUGUAGUAGGUAAGAAAAAACGAAAUAACGAAGAUUCGUCACAUAAAGGUGUCGAUUCAUCAAGUAAAGCUACAGAGAGUAAAGUUGGUAACAGUAAAGAAAAGAAGUUACGAAAGAAGGUCAAUAGCAAUGCUAGCAAAAACUUGUCUACUGCUUUGACAUCCAGCAGCAAUGGGCCUAUGAACACAAGUAGCGGGUCAACAUCAGCUCAUGCUAAUACCAGCGGCAACAAAAGUGAAGCUAGCGAUGCGGAAGACAAGCCAGCAGCGAAAGCAACGUUUGAUAGUGACUCAGAAUCGGAAGAUUCCGAUUCGGCAGCAAAUAUAAAACGUAAUGGACGAAAGGCGAUUUCUAAGAGCACUUCGCCUGAGAAGAAAACACAAGGCGGAACUACUUCCACUGGAAAAUCUUACGAUUAUAUGACUAAACUGAACUAUUUGUUUCGCGGUACUCAUUUCUUCCUUAUUAAAUCGAAUAAUGCAGAUAAUAUUGCUAUUGCCAAAACCAAAAAUGUCUGGGCUACUCUACCACAAAAUGAAGCAAAUAUUAACCAGGCGUUCAAGGAGUCCCGCAAUGUUUUGCUAAUAUUUUCUGUCAACGAGAGUGGUAAAUUUGCCGGUUUUGCUCGCAUGAGUUCGCUUUCGCGUCGGGAUAUUUCUCAUCCUGCUUGGGUUUUGCCACCUAGCAUUUCACCUAAAGCUCUGGGUGGUAUAAUUGAGCUGGAUUGGAUUUGUCGCAAGGAACUUUCUUUCAACUGCACAUCUCAUCUUUACAAUACGUGGAAUGAGAGUAAACCAGUGAAAAUUGGACGUGAUGGUCAAGAAAUUGAACCAAAAGUUGGCGCAGAACUCUGUCGCUUAUUUCCCGAAGAUGAAAAAAUCGAAAUGACACCCAUAUUACGUAAAUCCAAAGAGACAGCAAAGAUGAUGCGUGAGAAGGGUAUUCGUGUUUCAUAUCGCCCACCACGCAGUUUAUCAUCACGUGGUAGUCGAGGUGGUCCUGGUGGUAGCAGCGCUUUUUCGGGAUAUCGCCAGGGAGAUCGUCGUACCGGUGGUGGUGGCCCAAUCCGGCACAGACGUACUUUCAGUGGUGGCCCCCAUCGCCCCUAUAAGUUUCCACCGAUUGGAAUGCCCCCUGGUAGUGGUUUUAAACGAUCGUCUUCGCCAUACCGAAGUGGUGGGAGCAUUGGUCCAGGCAGUAGUGGAGGAUCGCGGGCAGGUGGUGGCGAUGCAGGACUGCCAUCGUGGGACCGUUACAUGAAUUCUGCCGAAGCAUACAUGGUAGACUAUAUGCGUUCCGUGCAUGGGCAGCUUCCACCGUUACCAUUCGUCCCGCCGUUUGCGCAGCUUCCUCUGUCUUCUUCCGGUUCAAGCGCUUUACCACCACCUGGACCUCCAUCAAUGUAUGACCAGUUACCUCCACCGGUGCGAUACUACGAUGGACCUCCACUGCCAGAUUACCCUCCGCCACAACCGAUUAGGCCUCCGCCCCCAGGUUUCGACAAAGCACCAUCCUAUGAGGACUUUGCAGCUUGGAAGAAUGCUGGCUUACCAACAUUGCCCGAUGGCAUGCCGCCGGGCUUCCCCAGCUUUAGCAGCAGCACUGGGGUAUCAACAUCCAAUGGUGGGAGCAGUGGAAUAGGUGGUUCAAGCUCAGCAGGAGGAAGUGGUAGUUUCUCAAGUUCCAACAAUGCUAUUGGUGGAGGCUCUUCCGCAAGUGGUCCUAACAGUUUCCGCAGCAGCAGCCAACGCACCAAUAACUCAAACAUGAUUCGACCACGUGAACGUGGCGGCGGCCGGGAGUAUCGUGGACCUAGUGGUAUUAGUGGUAGCUCAGGUUCACGCAGCGCUGGCAAUGAUAGACAUUUCCGCGCUGGAGGUGGCAGCAGCGGUGGCGCGCGAAAUUAUCGCGAUGGCCGGCGCUAAGUCGGCGAUAUGACAAUAAAAGAGUAUGCAACAUAAGAUGUAUUGUGAAGUAUAAGCGGACAGACGUCUGCAAUACAAGCGUGCUCCCAUUGUGAAUGAGAAGCCAAGCAAAGAAUGAAGGUUUAAAGCCGAGUGAAAAAGAUAAAAGUGCGUCAAGAAAACCGAAAAUAUGAUAAACACCCCUAUAAAACCCAUAACAUGCACGCUGUAACCUCUUCGUGUUCGAACUUUGUAAUUGAAAAUGUGUUAGAAAGCGCGUGAGUUAUAUGCAACAGUAAUAUUUUAUUCGUAGAGUGACAUCUAAUUCUUAAAUGGUAUGUUCUUCAACUUACUCAAUACCGGAAAAGUGUUGAAAUUUAGGCAAAUAAUUAACCAUGCAAAGAGGGUAUAUAAAUGUUUCGUAGUAUAAAGUGUUACAAUAUAUUAAUCCUCAAAGAAAAAAUUAUGAACGAAUCAAGCAGAUAGUGUAUAUGUUAACCCCAGUUUGGUUGUUUCACCAACGACUAUCGACCUUCAACAUUAAGUCAGCAUUAAAAUGAAUUCAUUUUUUUAAUUGGGAUUACAAGAAGCAUACAAAAAAUAUUUUAUUUAUUCGCAAAAUUUAUUGCCGACACAUCUCGAAUGCUGAGCAUACUAAAACUACUAAAAAAUAAAAAUGGAAAAAUAUAUUUAUAUACUUAAAGAAAGGAAAAUCCUUUGUGCUUCAUAUAUAUAUAUGUAUAUACAUAUAUGUUUUUGAUAUUUAUUUUAUAUUUAUCGUACUUGCAGUCCCAAAUUAUGAAAAUGAAAAAAUGUAUUACAUACUUCAGUUUUUGUUGGCACCGAUUACACGUAAAACGAUGAUUAACUGAAAUUAAUUUUUUAAAGUAAAUAAUUAAAUUUAAUUGCACUGCGCCGUUAAUCAACAAAUUCAUAUGCAGCGAUUUCAUGGUAAAAGGAAUGAAAAGUUGACUCUCUUUCAAUUAUAAAUACAUGCAUAUACAUAUAUAAUUUUAAAUCAUAGUUAUAAUUAUACGUAUCGUAAAAUAUAAACAACCAACACAAAUGUGAACUUUAUUUGCUAAACGAAGGCGGAGAGGUUGCAAUAAUGCUUUCCACUUAAAGGAAAGCAUACGAACUGUUUUGUGAAAAUAUGGACUGCUUUGACCGGUAUAAAUAAAAGACGUUCACCCAACUCCCACUUCACUUGAAACUGUCUUAAAUGCCAGCUUUCCAAAACAAAGGAAUAAUUAGUGCUAAAUCAAGAAAAAUCAGUUGCAUCAAACUACAUGAAAAAAUCAUUAAACAUAAAAUCAGAAGCAAAAGUGUGUGCAGUGUUUCAAAUGCAAGCAAAUCAAACAAAGAUAUGAAUAUAACGGAAAUUUCCAUUAUUCAGCAAGACAAAUUUGAAAGUGGCAAAAGAAAAGAGUGUUUAGUGUUGAGAAAAUUAUCAAUAUUGUUGCCAUCCGCACCUUAUUCUGCUGAGGCCAUUUCCGCAUUUUAAAAACCUGUUGCAAUUGACUAUUCAAUAAUUUCCUCCCAUUCAUAAUUGAUUGGAGUGAGUGAGUCAACCCCCUUAUAUUUACUUAUAAGAACAUUUUCGCUUGUGUUUAAACAACAUGUAAAAAUGAACUGUUCUAAAAGAAAAUCAUGCGGAAAAUUUCAUACUCAGUUUUAACAGUAAAGUGCAAAAGUUUGUCUAUUGGAUUCGAGCUUAAGAGCUUUUGAGUCCUAUGUAAUUCCCGCAUUGCUUUCAGCACAUACCGCACCAUAAACCAUUUGCCGAAAACUGUAACUAUGCUUUCUAAUUAAAUUAAUUCUUGUCUUUCAGACCUUGCAGACUUCUUACGGAAAUAGCUGUUUGACAUUUGGCACUCCUGUGUCCUGCAUUGUGCAGCAAAUACUCGUACUCGAAAUGAGCAUCAUCUAUUUUAAUGGGACUGAAGAUUUCGUAGUUGAAAGCCUGAAGUAUACUGUGUUUGUUCUAGUGUUGGUAAACUAAUCUUAAGUAAAUCUUCAAAUCAUAAUAAUAUUUGUAUGUACAUACAUAUAUACAGGCAUUUGCAGUUCACUUCCGAGUGCAUCACAAUCUAAUUUACUGUGAAUCCGACAUUAGGUGUUCUGUGUUUCAGUUUCAUUGCUUCAUUUUCAUUUGUUUUUUUUUUUUUCUAAGAUAAAUUCCGAGUGCAUUUGAAAGUUUUGAGAAAAGAAUUCACAAGAAAACUGUCGGUUAGUAUUCAAUUAAAUUCAAUUUAGAUUGUUUGUGCAUACGUACCAGCUUGCUGUUUUGAACGAGUUUUUAAUCUCGUACCCCGUCAUGCUUAACUGUAUCCAUCGGAAGUAAAUAUAUUUGUCUAAAAUAACUACAUGCAUGCGAUAACUUUCGCUACCGUAAUACGGCCUAUUGAAAUGCAUCUAUCUUUCCCAAACCCGUUUGAAAGGCACUUUCCGUCAAAAAAUCCAAAUAUGGCCAUAAGUUGUGGUUGUGUAGUUAUGGGUAUUUUUUUUUUAAUGGGAAACAACACCAUCUUAUUAAAUAGCGUUGGCCGAAACUUUUUCGUUAAAAUAAUCGCCCUCAUUGCGAAAAUGAGUAUAUGAACUUACACCAAUUCAGAUGCGUCCAAGGGAUUAGAUUGGCCUCGUAUAAACUUUCGUUUAACGAUUUGUUCUGCAAGUUUAUUAUUUUGUAUUGAAAUGCCCGCAAACGUAGUUAAUGUUCCCCCUUUUUUUAACCGUUUUUUAUUCAAAGGUUUAUUAUUUGUUUUGAUUAAAUUGACAAGUCUCAGCAGGCAAAACUCAUUUUUAGGAUAAAUCGAAAAUCAAUUAAAUUCGUUUUCACUCGUAUUUAAAUUUAUUUUCUUAUUCACUUUCACGUGGACUCCAAAACCUGCCUGCUAUAAAAAUAUGUAUAUGUAUGGCCUUAGCUGUAUGUGAUUGGCGCUUUCAUCCGAUAUUGGGUGUUUGGCUCAGCUUCUCCUACAAUUUGUGGUGUGCGUCUUCAUGCUGUUCUAUAAAUAGAGGGGCCUACAGUUUAAUGCCGUUGGCUUUUAUGAGCACCUUUUUCAUGCGAAAAAUACAUUCGGAGGUUUGCCGUUGCGUACAACGGCUAAUAGAAAUUGUCUGUUUCAUACCGACAAUCAGGAAAUCGAUUCUGAAAUAAUCAAUAUCAAUCAGAAAGCAAUCACUUUUGUUCAGUGAUAUACUCCUGCCACAACUAUGGCAGCAACAUCAUCAGUAUCAACCUAAGGACUAUAAUCAGUUCCUCAUUUUACAGGCUAUUAAAAGCCUUCAAAACUCUAAAAGUCAGCAGAAAUAAAUGGAUCGCAUACCUGUCAUAGCGGGGAGAGGAUCGAGGAUUUGUAAAAGUCAACUGAAGUCGUAACUAGCAUCAUCGAAAACAUUGUUGAAAGUCAAAUCUGAAUUCUGAAUACUCGUAGUCUAACUCAUCUAACGGUAGGUUCAGGAAACAUGCUAUUUCGACAGGUUGGGUCCAGAGGGAAUAGAUAUUAUCGUGCGGUUACCUUCACAUGCCGGGCAUAUAUUGAGAGUGUCGGGAGGUUUAACCUGCUAUAAUUGAGUCACGAGGCAGCUAAAGCUCUUCGUCUGCAAUAGGUGGUGGUUGGACCCCGAAAACGGUAUUCGAGAGUCGAGAGUUUAGGAAGCAGUUGAAUGUUGUUUAGUGUUCGUCUAUUUGGUCCAGGAUCUCCUCGGUGUAGUCGAAGAGACGUUGUUGUUGUUGUUGUUUUUGUUGUUGUAGCAGCAUAAACAUUCCCCGUGCAUAUACGAGGAAUGCUGCUGAAGUGACAGUCCUUGCCCGAAUAUAAAUCCGAGUUGUUCCGAUUACGUAGAACCGCCUGUCGAUGUGUCCCGACUCGCUUUAGAGGUGGAUCAGUCUCUAGCAAAUGUCUGCAGGGAUGAUUCAUACGGUAGCACCCUAGCAAAAAUACUUGCCUCCCAGUCAAGGAGCAUGGAGGUAUCGUUGUGAAUGUGUUGUAGAGGAGACAUCAAGAGGCAUCCCUUGACUAUCCUAAU